AGGGCAGUGUUAGGGCCAUCUACCCUAAGCAGAGGCCUCUCUGGAGCAGCCAUCCUGCCCCAAGUGUUCUCACCCCAGACCCCUUGGUACAGAGCAGAGGGAGCGGGCCUGGGAGGAGAGCCCAGUGGGGCUGGGUGGCAAGGGGUUGCUCCCAGUAGUGCUGUGCCUGGAAUGGUGGCUGGUCAGUGGAGGUCCCAGGCCUAGACCAGGCCCAGAAGGCCAAGAGGAGGGAGUCACAUGUGGCAGCCUCCUGUGCCUGUCUAGCCUCUCCAAAGAGGGACACUUGGCGCUAUGUCUCUGCUCAACCCUGUCCUGCUGCCCCCCGAGGUGAAGACCUAUCUGAGCCAAGGCGAGCGCUUCAUCAAAUGGGAUGAUGAAACUACAAUAGCCUCCCCGGUUAUCCUCCGAGUGGAUCCCAAGGGUUAUUACUUAUACUGGACAUAUCAGAGUAAGGAAAUGGAGUUUCUGGAUAUCACCAGCAUCCGGGAUACCCGCUUUGGGAAGUUUGCCAAGAUACCCAAGAGCCAGAAGCUCCGGGAUGUCUUCAACAUGGACUUUCCUGACAACAGCUUCCUGCUGAAGACACUCACUGUGGUGUCUGGCCCUGACAUGGUGGACCUCACCUUCCACAACUUCGUCUCCUACAAGGAGAAUGUGGGCAAGGACUGGGCUGAGGAUGUCCUGGCCCUGGUCAAGCACCCGCUGACGACCAACGCGCCCCGCAGCGCCUUCCUGGACAAGAUCCUGGUGAAGCUCCAGAUGCAGCUCAACUCUGAAGGGAAGAUUCCUGUGAAGAAUUUUUUCCAGCUGUUUCCUGCUGAUCGGAAGCGGGUGGAAGCGGCCCUCAGUGCCUGCCAUCUCGCCAAAGGCAAGAAUGACGCCAUUAAUCCUGAAGACUUCCCAGAAUCUGUCUAUAAGAGUUUCCUCAUGAGCCUCUGCCCUCGGCCAGAAAUAGAUGAGAUCUUCACUUCCUACCAUGCCAAGGCCAAACCGUACAUGACCAAGGAACACCUGACCAAAUUCAUCAACCAGAAACAGCGGGACCCACGGCUCAACUCCCUGCUGUUCCCACCAGCACAGCCUGACCAGGUGCAGGGCCUCAUUGACAAGUAUGAGCCCAGUGGCAUCAAUGUGCAGAGGGGUCAGCUGUCACCUGAGGGCAUGGUCUGGUUUCUCUCUGGGCCAGAGAACAGCGUGCUGGCCCAGGACAAGCUGCUGCUUUACCAAGACAUGACACAGCCACUCAAUCAUUACUUCAUCAACUCCUCACACAACACAUACCUGACAGGCAGCCAGUUCUCAGGCCUUUCCUCGGCUGAGAUGUACCGCCAGGUGCUGCUGUCUGGCUGCCGCUGUGUGGAGCUAGACUGCUGGAAGGGGAAGCCCCCAGAUGAGGAACCCAUUAUCACCCAUGGCUUCACCAUGACCACAGACAUAUUCUUCAAGGAAGCUAUUGAAGCUAUUGCAGAAAGUGCCUUUAAGACCUCCCCUUAUCCUGUCAUCCUGUCAUUUGAAAACCAUGUGGACUCACCCCGCCAGCAGGCUAAGAUGGCUGAGUACUGCCGGACGAUGUUUGGGGAUAUGCUGCUCACCGAGCCCCUGGAAAAGUUCCCGCUAAAACCAGGUACCCCCCUGCCCAGCCCCGAGGACCUCCGGGGCAAAAUCCUCAUCAAGAACAAGAAGAACCAGUUUUCUGGCCCAAUAUCCCUCAGCAAGGAGCCUGGGGAGGCUGAGGGCAGCUGCCCACCCAAAGUCCUGGUGGGUGAGGACACAGUGUGGACUGGUGAGGAAGGGGCUGAGCUGGAAGAGGAAGAGGUGGGAGAGGAAGAGGAGGAGGAGUCCGGAAGCCUGGAUGAAGAAGAGAUAAAGAAGAUGCAGUCGGAUGAGGGCACAGCAGGCCUGGAGGUGACAGCUUACGAGGAGAUGUCCAGCCUCGUCAAUUACAUCCAGCCCACCAAGUUCAUCUCCUUUGAGUUCUCUUCCCAGAAGAACCGCAGUUAUGUCAUUUCCUCCUUCACCGAGCUCAAGGCGUAUGACCUGCUCUCCAAGGCCUCAGUGCAGUUUGUGGACUACAACAAGCGCCAGAUGAGCCGAAUUUACCCCAAGGGCACCCGCGUGGACUCCUCCAACUACAUGCCCCAGAUGUUCUGGAAUUCCGGUUGCCAGAUGGUCGCCCUCAACUUCCAGACGAUGGACCUGCCCAUGCAGCAGAAUAUGGCCUUGUUUGAGUUCAACGGGCAGAGCGGCUACCUCCUCAAACAUGAGUUCAUGCGCCGGCCGGACAAGCAGUUCAACCCCUUCUCGGUGGACCGCAUCGACGUGGUGGUCGCCACCACCCUGUCGAUUACGGUGAUCUCUGGGCAGUUCCUGUCUGAACGCAGUGUGCGCACCUACGUGGAAGUGGAGCUGUUCGGCCUUCCUGGGGAUCCCAAGAGGCGCUAUCGUACCAAGCUGUCACCCAGUCCUAACUCCAUCAAUCCUGUCUGGAAAGAGGAGCCUUUUGUCUUUGAAAAGAUCAUGAUACCUGAGCUGGCCUCCCUCAGGGUGGCCGUGAUGGAGGAAAACAACAAGUUUCUUGGACACCGCAUCAUCCCCAUCAAUGCACUCAACUCUGGAUACCAUCACCUGUGCCUGCACAGUGAGAGUAAUAUGCCCCUUACCAUGCCCGCGCUCUUCGUCUUCCUGGAGAUGAAGGACUAUGUCCCUGACACCUGGGCAGAUCUUACCGUGGCCCUCACCAACCCCAUCAAGUUCUUCAGUGCUCAUGAUAAGAAGUCUGUGAAGCUCAAGGAGGCCAUGGGAGGAGGUCUGCCUGAGAAUCCCUUCCCACCCAGGAGUUCAGUUGCUGGCCAGGUCAAUGGGACAUCAGCUCCAACAAGCAACGGGUCAGCAGCGGCCGGGGCUAGGGAGGAGACCUCGAAAAAAGAAGCCGCAGAGCCGCAGACAGCCAGUUUGGAGGAGCUGCGGGAGCUGAAGGGCGUCGUGAAGCUGCAGCGGCGGCACGAGAAGGAGCUGCGGGAGCUGGAGCGGCGCGGCGCGCGGCGCUGGGAGGAGCUGCAGCAGCGGGGCGCUGCGCAGCUGGCCGGGCUCGUGCCGCCGGGCAGUGGGGGCGGCUGCGGCGGCUGCGGCGGCGGGGCCGGCCUCAAGCUCUACCCAGGCAAGGGCUCCCGCAAGAAGAGAACCCUGCCCUGCGAGGAGGCCUCUAGGGCCGUGCCCAGCGAGGGCCCGGAGGGCGCAGACGCGCGGGUGCGGGAGCUGAAGGAGAAGUUGGAGUUGGAGCUGCUGCAGCAGGGCGAGGAGCAAUAUGAAUGCAUCCUGAAGCGCAGGGAGCAGAACACGGCAGAGCUAAUUGCCAAGAUGAUAGAGCUCGCCCAAGAGAAACAAGCUGCAGAGCUGAAGGCCCUCAAGGAAACGUCAGAGAAUGACUCCAGAGAGAUGAAGAAAAAGCUGGAGGCCAAGAGGCUAGAGCGGAUCCAGGCCAUGAUCAAGGUCACCACAGACAAGAUGGCCCAGGAGAGGUUGAAGAGAGAGAUCAACAGCUCCCACAUCCAGGAAGUGGUACAGGUCAUCAGGCAGAUGACAGAGACCCUGGAAAGGCACCAGGAGAAGCUGAGGGAGAUGCAGGCGGCCUGCCUGGAACGGAUCCGGGAGUUGGAAAAGCAGUUCCAGCAGGAGGCACUGGCAGAGUACGAGGCCAGAAUGAAGGGCCUGGAAGCUGAGGUGAAGGAAUCGGUGAGGGCCUGCCUCAGAACCUGCUUCCCUUCUGAGGCUGAGGACAGGUCUGAGAGGCCCUGUGGGGCCACCAUGGAGCCAAGCGAGGAGGAUCCACUCACGGCAGGGGCAGACACCCAGGAGUGCCGCCUCUGAUGUCCCAUCCCACUGGGACAUUUAGCAAGGACUUUUAGAUCCUCUCUGGGAUGUAGCUCCAUCCCCCUCAGCGGGAAAAGGCCCCAGUACUCUGAGGCUGCAAAGAUCUUCUUCAACAGCCAGGCUAGAGGAGGACGCAGGAAGCGGGACCAACAGGGCAGAGGCCUAUCUGGGGUCUAGAGGAUCUCCGCAAAUUGCCUUCUUGCUCCCUAUCCUUUACCCCGUCUCUGAACAAGUGUCACAUAUUUGUUGAGAACAAGGAACAUGGACUGGGAGGCAGGACAUGGGUCCUGGCCCAGCUCUGCCAUUCCUAGUGGUGCAACCAGUGGUAUCCCUGUCCGGUCAGUUUUCUCACCUGGAGGAGUGGACUUGGCCACCUGGAAACUCCACUCCAGCCCCUGUGGUUCAAACAGCACCAAACCCAGAGCCCUCCUGCUGCACUGGGCCGGGGGGGGUGGGGGGGUGGGGGGGGAGCGUGCACUGAUGGCUUCCAGCUCCCAUCUCAGGCCCGCCCUAGGCUGGCCUUGCUGUCAGUUCCCCAAGGCAGAGCCUGACACUACCUCCAAACUCCCGGGGGACCUGCUGCUCCCAGGAUCCCAGGCUGAGGUCCCUUCCCUCGCCUCUUGUCGUGCCCGUGGGGAUGGGGUGGCUGACUUGGAGAAGCUGCAUCAGCUGUCUGGUCCUCAGGCCGCUGAGAUGCCAUGUGGGGCUAGGGUUGGUGGGGGAGGGGGACUUGUUUGGGGUUUUGGGGUACGUCCCACCCUGAGCCUGGCUCAUCCCUUCUCCGGGGCCCAGGGGGUAGUAUGUCCUAGCAGGCACCCCCUCUCUGGCUGCCUGGCAAGAACAGCAUUGUUUUCUUUCCUAAAUAUGUGAGGUUUAUUUAUUUUUCUCUUCCUUACUCCUACUAAAGAAUCUUAUCUGGAUAUUUUCUGCCUAAGCUUGGCCUCUGUUCUACAGCUAGGAAAUGGUGUGCAUGCGUGUGUGUGUGUGCGCGCGCGUGUGUGUGUCCCCAGGACAAAGUGGGCUGGGGAAAAACUCUCGGGUGCUGAAUCAGCGGUGAGGGCCCUUCCGGGGCCCAGUGGAGUGGCCCUGCCUUGGGCUUGACGAGAACUCACUUCCCCUUCUGCUGGCCCUGAUGCCACACCACUGGAAAAUGAUGUCACCCCUCUCCUGAACCCCCCACCCAGAUAUGGCCCUUCUUGUUUCCACCCUCAGUGCUGGAGUAAAGUGAGCUGCCCCCUUGGGGAAGUCCCAACCCUUCAGGCCCCCAGGCAUCUUUGGGACCGUUAGCCAGGCCAGUGGGCAGAUUUUCAGGCCCCUCAGCAGUUAUGGAAACCCUGGUGGUGUAGUGGUUAAGAGCUACGGCUGCUAACCAAAAAGUCUGCAGUUUGAAUCCACCAGGCGCUCCUUGGAAAUCCUGUGGAUCAGUUCUACUCUAUUACUGGGUCA